UCUGUAGGUGUCGUGCAGCCUGCCUCACUGCCUCACUGCCUCAUUGCCCUGUUUGGACCUCCAGCUUGUGGCACCAUGGGCAUGCUCUUCAGCAAGAUCUGGACUCGGAUGAUCGGAUCCAAAGAGAUGCGGAUUUUGAUGCUUGGUUUAGAUGCCGCCGGCAAAACCACCAUCCUGUACCGCUUGAAGCUGGCUGAGGUGGUUACUACAAUCCCAACGGUAGGAUUCAACGUUGAGACUGUGGAGUACAAGAACAUCAAAUUCAACGUGUGGGAUGUGGGUGGCCAAGACAAGAUUCGCAGACUUUGGCGCCACUACUUCCAUGGCACAGAUGGUCUGAUCUAUGUGGUGGACAGUUCUGACCGUGACCGAAUCCAAGAUGCCAAGGAAGAAUUGGACAAGAUGCUGCAAGAGCAGGAGAUGGAGAAUGCUGUGCUGCUGGUCCUUGCCAACAAGCAAGACUUGCCCAAUGCAAUGACUGCUGCUGAAGUCAUGGAGAAGCUGGAACUGCAGAAACUUCGACAUCGGAAAUGGUUCAUUCAAUCCACGGUCGCUCCCACUGGCAAUGGCCUCUAUGAGGGUUUGGACUGGCUUUCCCGAAGUCUCUGCUCCCGCGAGUAAGGGGCAUGAUGACGAUUGAUGAGACAUGGCAAACCUCACUUUGCACGACCUUGCAAGCUUUGUGACCUGUGACAUAUUGACACCUCUGGACCCCAGCAGACCUAUGCAGUCUCGCAACUUGCGAGGAGGGCCUGCUUGGGACUUUUCAAAUCUUUUCAAUGCGUCUCCUCCGAGACUACCUGAUUGUACAGCCAGGGGUAGCCUUGGGAAUGCAGGGAGGAGCAUGUUCAGAACCAUGACAACAGUUUUGGGAGGUGUC